GGUACUAUUGAUUUGGCUACAACUCAUUUACCAUGCCUGUUUAUGAAUACUUUGAACAACAAAAUCCUAAGCACUGGAUUAAUUAUGAACGAUGAACAAGGAAAAAGGCAUGACAAAGCAAAUUUGUUAUAUGAUAAUUAUAAGAAGAAAAGUAAAAAUCUUUUGCUGAAAGUGUUGAAAUAUAUGGAGCUUCGAUCUGAUAAAAAGAAGGCGAAUAAUUGGGAGAGAGAACAUUUAAAGAAGCAAGUCUAUAUCUACUAUCAAAUUUCUAGCAGUGAAACUGUCUAUGGCAGGAUCACUAACAACAGAACAAAUAAUUAUAUUGCAUUGGACAAAAAUGAAGAAUCGGUAGGCCUUUAA